AGUUUAUUAUGUGGUGCUAAGUGUAUAGGUAUAGUAACUUGAAGGGGAUUAAAAACUACAAUCUAAACCACGAAGCUUAACUUCUCAUUUUGGCGGCAUGGUUGUUGGGACGUUUUUUGUUCUUACGUAGGAAGAAGGUGGGAGUAUAAUCUGGGAUGAGGGGGCUGGGUUUUAGCAGUGGAGUGGAGUUUUGGUUGUGUGUAGGUCUUGGAGCUUGACAUAUCGGGAAAACUGCUGUAAAGAGAGCCGUUGUCAAGAUGUCUGACAACGAAGAACAAGAACAGACCAUCGUGGAGGACUUGGUUGUCACCAAGUACAAAAUGGGAGGUGACAUCGCCAACCAGGCCCUGCGUGUGGUGAUUGAGGCGGCCAAGUCAGGGGUUUCUGUCGUCAACCUGUGUGAGAAGGGAGAUGCCCACAUCAUGGUCGAGACUGGCAAGGUCUUCAGGAAGGAGAAAGACUUAAAGAAAGGCAUUGCCUUCCCUACCAGCGUCUCAGUCAAUAACUGUGUUUGCCACUUCUCUCCCCUGAAGAGUGACCCUGACUACACACUUAAAGAUGGGGACCUGGUCAAAAUUGAUCUUGGAGUCCAUGUUGACGGCUUCAUCUCUAAUGUAGCUCAUAGUUUUGUUGUGGGAGCUACUAAGGAGGCUCCAGUGACAGGGAAGAAAGCUGAUGUGAUCAAUGCAGCUCACAUGUGUGCGGAGGCAGCCCUACGCCUUGUCAAGCCUGGCAACCAGAACUCAAAGGUGACGGAGGCAUGGAACAAGAUUGCUCAGUCAUUCAAAUGCACGGCCAUUGAGGGUAUGUUAUCUCAUCAGCUGAAGCAGCACAUCAUCGAUGGAGAGAAAACCAUCAUUCAGAACCCCACAGACCAGCAAAGGAAGGACCAUGAGAAGGCGGAGUUUGAGGUGCACGAGGUCUACGCUGUGGAUGUCCUGAUCAGUACUGGUGAAGGGAAGGCCAGGGAUGGAGGCCAGAGGACCACAAUUUACAAGAGGGACCCCAGUAAGCAGUACGGGCUGAAGAUGAAGACCUCCCGCAUGUUCUUCAGUGAGGUGGAGCGACGCUUCGACGCCAUGCCCUUCACUCUCAGGGCGUUUGAGGAUGAGGCUAAAGCCCGCCUGGGCGUGGUCGAGUGUGCCAAACACGAGCUGCUUCAGCCUUUCAGUGUGCUCAACGAGAAGGAGGGAGAGUUUGUGGCCCAGUUUAAGUUCACAGUGCUGCUGAUGGCCAACGGCCCCCAUAGAAUCACCAGCGGACCCUUUGAGCCAGAGCUCUACAACUCAGAGCACGAAGUGCAGGACGCAGAGCUGAGGACUCUACUGCAGAGCUCAGCUAGUCGCAAAACACAGAAGAAGAAGAAAAAGAAGGCCUCCAAGACUGUGGAAACCGCUACUGGACAGCCAACUGAGGAGAGCAAAAAGGUGGCAGAGUAGAUGGCUACCUGUCUUCUAACACCCUGACACAUGCAUACACACACACUCACACCCCUCCCAAAGAAUGGAAACUUAAAAAGUGAAUCUAAAUCUUCCCCAACUGUUAGCUUUUUUUGACCCUCAUGCCCUUUUCUAGCAUAUGGCACAUUUGAAUGAAUCUGAUAGAUCUCAAAUCUGUUGAAAAUACAAUAUUGUGUCCCACAUCAUUCAGUUGAUUCUGAAUAAGAGUCACAUCUGUGUAACACGUUGUUGUAAACAACAUAUUUGCCAUUGAUACUUAACUGGAAUAUGAGAUUGGGGAAACACAUUUUUGGAAUAUGAUGGAUAAAUAACCUUUUGUAGCAGUGUUUUUACACCUUAUUGUUAGGUGAUGUAGCUACCUGACUUCAGGAUGGUUGCCAUCUAUAGGUGAAGUUUUAUAAACUUUCUAAAUUAAAAAAAAAAGUAAAUAAAUCAAGUUUUAAUUUAAACUGGAUUAUAUUUGUUGUAAAAUAAUGUUGGGUUGCCAGUCACACUUUGUAAUAAUUCCAAACCCUGAUAAGCUGACUUGGUACUUUCAUUGUACAUGAAGGAGACUGAGUUAGCCCCUCAAAUCUUUUGGCCUAGAAUCCUAUUUGGUUAAAGUGUUAGUUAUUCAAACAUGACAGAAUUGAACGGUUAGAGAACAGAAUUCUCGCACCAACACCUGAAUAGUUUAUGGGAACGAACCCUGCUACAUUUACUGCCAGCCUGGUAGGGGAUUUUUUUAGGAAAUAGUGCGCUGUUUUUCAGUCAAACAAUUUUAGAAAUAGGUUUUUAUUUUCAACGAUACCUCAUUUUUAUCAACCAUCUACUAACAUAUGAAACUUUUUAGUGGAGAUUUUAAACAGUGUCUUCAUUCAGAACUGCAUGAAAUCAUAUUUAAUGCAAACCCAUUAUUCUGCUAAGUAAGAUAUAUAAUUAUCUGGCAAAGCUACAUUGACAACAGUUGUAGUAGAAUGAUUUUAGUGACAGGUAAUUAGUUAGCUUACUUUUCUGUGGUAACUUUGCACACAUUUUUGAUGUAAUUGCAUACAAGUGUUUUUUUAAGCCAGCCAUCAGAAUAAUCUCCCCAUGUAGCCUAAUUUGGUCAGCUCAGACAUGCACAAAGAGUUCAUGUAAAUCAACAUACAGAUUCCCUGUGUUUUUGUUUUAUUUUCAGAAAAUGAAGAAAACAUUCAAUAAACUUUAUGAUACCA